AUGUCAAUGAAUAAAGUAUCACCGGAAUAUAAAGCUCAAUUACUAGAUGUACUUAAUCAACAAAAUAAACAUAUAAAGGAAAAAAAUCUACCACUCGAAGCUCGUGCAGUUAACCUUUUUGCUAUCUUGUUUUGUCAAAAACUUGAUACAAAUUUCUCAAGAUGUAUUGAAUUGGAUGAUUUAAAGAAAUAUAGUCCAAAAGAGACCGAAGCAACAUUGAAACAAUGGAUGUUGGAUGCUAAACCAUGUGGUAGUCCAAUUGAUCCAAUUACCUAUGUAGACAUGUACUACAAAUUUAUUGUUGAUCCAAAAUCAAUUCCAAAAAGUUGGGGUACCAUCUUUGCUACGCUAGAUUAUCAAGACACUGCAACUAGAAUGGCUCAAGCUCAAAAGGAUUUAGAAGAUGCUAGAAAUCAAGCUACUGCAACUCAACAACAAUAUACUGUUCCAAAAGUUAAUUAA